AUGGUGAUAUGCGACAUACAAGACAACGUCGGCCAAAACGUAGCCUCUGGAAUUUCCUCCAAAACCCCCAACACUAAAAUAAAGUACGAACACCUCGACGCAACAUUCAGAUCCGAGUGCCACACCGACGUUGAAGCCGCAGUCCGAUUCCUCGGCGGGCAAGACAGUUUAAUCCACGCAGCAGGCCACAUCCACCAAGAUGCAGCCGAAACCAUCGCCGAAGACGAGCUGGACCGCAUGCUAGAUGUCAAUAUCGAGGGAGUGAUCUUCAUGAAUCAGGCCGUUUUCCCUUAUCUCAAGACUCGGGGCGGGACGAUUCUGAACUUCGGGUCUGAUCUUGCGUCCGAACCUCUGCCGCUUCUGGCUCAUUAUACUGCUUCGAAGGGUGCCGUGCAGAGCUUUACGAGGGCUGUUGCGCGCGAGUGGGGGAAAUAUGGGAUUCGUGUUAAUGCGGUCCUGCCAGCUGUUUGGACGCCUAUGAUUGAUGGAUAUCGGGGGAAUCUUGAGACGGAGAAUGUUGUGGGACAUGAUGUUUUUAUGAAUGAUCGAGUUUGUCUUGGGGAGACGUUUGGGGAUGUGGAGAUUGACUUGGUACCUGUUCUUGCGUUUUUAGUUUCGGAUGCUUCGCGCUGGAUCACGGGUCAGUUGGUGCCAGCUAAUGGUGGGCUCUCGCUGGUACGUUAG